AUGGUGAAUGAGCAGCUCAGUUGCUGUGUUCAUUCAUUUCUUGUCUCUGAUGAGACAGCCAAUAAAAGUGCUGAACGUGAUGGUGCAGAUUUUAUUACCAUUCUGGAGAGUGAUACCUCUAAGCCAUUCAUUGGGAACAUUGAUCCAACCAUGUGGUUAGGAGAAAAACUGGGUUUUUACACCAAUUUUGGUCCAAGCACAAGGGAUCACGUGUCGGGAGAUGUCUUGGACAGGAAGCUCCAGGCUAUUGCUAUUUCAAACCUGUUGAAGAAUAGCUCGCGACAGCUUGUGUUUCUAGGAUAUAUCACUUCAGCUCCUGGAUCCAGAGGUUACAUAGAAGUAAUUGAAAAUGGUAAUGUUAAGGAUGUUGACAGUAAGGAUAAUGACAGGUGGUGUGAUUAUAUCAUGUAUCAUGGACUAAUAUGGUUGGGUUAUGUCCGCAUUUCUCAUGCUGGCCUAAGUGAUUCAGAAGUUCAGAUGGCCAAAUUUAGGAUCCCAGAUGACUUGGAUAGUUACGUUGACAAUGACAAAAUCAUCAUUGACCCCAGCCAAGUUCCUGAGGACAUCCAUUUCAACCCAAGGUUUGGAUCCUACAAAGAUGGACACAACUACGAACAUAUUCAUCAUUUCCAUAUGAAUACCCCCAAGUAUUUUAAACAGACUAGAAUGAGGAAAUAACACAUCAGUGUGACCAGAAAGAGAGGUCUGUAGAUUUAAAUCAAACUGCCAAGCAACCAAAACUACACCUUUUAGAGACUGAGCAUCUU